AUCUGCCAGCAGCAUCGCGCGUGUUGGUGCGCCCCACUGACCCACAGUCGUCUCCUCUCAGUCGGAUCAUGUGGAUUAUAGUCGCGUUGUUUCUGGCUGCAGCCGGUCCUGAUGGGAGCUGCGGGUGUCAGCUGCCCCACGAUUGGAGACCUCAGACAGAAGCGUGUCGAGCCGAGCUGGCGGAGAUCAUAGUAUUUGCCAAGGUGUUGGCACUGCACGAGGAGUCUUACAGCAUGUACAGGUAUAAUGACCUGCCACGGGAGCACGAGUCCAACAUGUUCUUUUCCGCUGAGAUUGAGCUGCUUUGUGACCAGGCGUGGGGAAGUAUGCUGGAGGUCCCCGCCGGCUCCAGGUUUAAUGUCACCGGACUUGGAUACUUCCACUGCUUCUCCUAUACUGUCACCAAAAACAACAACUAUUACUUCUUUCUAAGGUGAGAAACAUAUGUCUCCCUUUGAUCUAAUGUCCCAAAACUGAACUAUUAUCAUAGAUAUUAAACCCUGUCCUUUUUAACACCCUGUAAUUAAUAUACUACUCAUCCUUAGAGUUUUCAAGCGGAAAAUUUUGGUUUAUUAUAGACCAUACAGCAUGUUAGAGAUUAUAUUUCAUUCACUAUGUGGCCUGUAUUAAUGUGUUGCAGCUGAAAUUUGCACUUGCAAGCUGUGCAUUUCAAAGAGGGACAGUAAAACUUGAGAAAUUGUGUUGCAUUGUAACAGGAUCCUUGAGAAUAAGGUGGAAUCAGCGUUUUUCUUAACAUAAGAUUUAUAUCACACCCCAGCCAGUGGCUGUUUUAGAUUUGCCGUAUUGUCGAAUGCAAUUUUCAUUUGGAAAGGUAAUAGUGAUAUCAACGUUGUACUCUAAAAACAUUUGGGUUAUUUCUUCAACCCAAUUCCUGGGUUAUACGCGUUGAGUUAAAUUUCUGGGUUAUUUUUCAGACCCAUACCCAUUUCUUGGGUCAUAUGGAUUCUAUUGUAACCCAGUUUGAGUUUUUUUGUAUGGGUUAAUAAUUAUGGGUUAUUUUUCUGAGAGUAACCCAAUAAUUGGGUCGGAACAUUGGGUUCGAUUGACUCUAUUUGGUUUCUAGGCCUAAUGGCAAUUAAAGUGACCUGGUGAUUUUAUAUACAAUUUUAUAUACAAUAUGCUAUAUAUAUAUAUAUAUAUAUAUAUGUAUUGGGGUAGCUUGCGGUGGCUACCCUAACAUAUAUUGGGUGGCUGGGGUAGCUCUGCGGGUAGGGCAUCCAGUGUCCAACCAGGGGGUUGGGGUUCAAACUCAAGUUGGGUUGUUUUAAGAGUGUUUUUUAGAGUGUGUGAACAAUGAUACAGAUAUAUUGCCUGUUGUGCCAGCAUGCCAUUAAUUAGGCCACCGAUCACCCUGUCUGUCUCUGGUACAAACCAUUUAAUCCCCGGAAACAAUGGUAAAAGUAAUCUUUGCAUUGAUUACUGGGAUGUCUUUGGCAAAGCUCAAGCAAUUAAUGUUGUAUCUUUUGGCUGUCUUAACCAACCAAUAAAUGUCAUGAACUAAUUGAAACAGAAAAAAGGUGUCUGUUGGCAAGUUAGAAGUCUUUCUAUGCAUCACUUCCAGAUUACACACUCACCUCUAUCUUGGAUUCAUUUUGCAUGAGCUGAUUUUUUCACCACAAACUUAAGAUAAUGCAGAAGAAAGCAGAAGAAAAUCUUUUAAUACCUUUUUUGUCAUCUUAAAAUUAGGUGGUGUCCUAUACAGUGGUGUGAUGCAUUAUUAAGCACAGAGAAAGGUAAUUUAGUGCACCACUACAUUUUACCCAGAAGAUGGCGCCUGAAGAAGCAAGUGAGCAUUUAGCUGUGACACACAUGGUAGACGGAUAAGUCUACUUUGAAAACCUUUCUCCCUCGUUUGUUCAUAAUCAUGUAUUUAGAUAUUAUGGUGGUAAACUAUUAAGGAGUGCUGGUUUAACUGAACAGACGCCAUGAUUUAAAGCAACAUGUGACCAGUGGGAGUGGUUGCAGUCAGACAGUUUAAAUCUUUUCACUCAUGAAAGACUCCCAAACCAAACUGUAAAACUGUAAUUGUGUGUUUUACAGGUAACUCUACUACCUUUAGGAGUAGAGGCUAUGAAAUUUCUCUGGUUAAAUUAUCCAAAACAUACUCCUGAAGUUUUAUUUCCAAAGUUGCCUGCUUUAAUUUAGUAUACAAAUAUUGUGGCUGAUCCGUCGGUCUUUUCUGCAAAAUGUUCUAUACUCAGUAAAUGAAGCAUCACCUAACCAUCCAAUUAGAAAAUCAAUGUAUGUAUCAAUGUAAUCAAAGGUUUAAUUAUGUUUGGAUUAGACAGUUAAGAACAGGAAUAUGUCGUCAAGGUCCUCUGUCUGACGCCAAGUCACAUGAUAAAAUCUAGACAUUUGGAUUACAUCAUUGUUGGCCCCACUGUUUGUAUGCCUGAGGCUGAGGCCUCUCUGACCCAGUGUUCACUACAUUAGGGGCUCAAUAUUUGAACUGGAAGAAAGGGGGUCCAUUAAUUAAGUGAAAAUAAACCAGUAGUGAUCCAAAGAGUCAAAUGUUUUAAGAGAAAUCCACAUUAGUUGUACAUUAAAUUUUAUUUACUUUUACAAGAUUGAAAAUUGUCAUCCCUAUAAAUGAGUGUAAUGUUGGCAUUAAAUGAGGAGAAAGGGCAGUAAUCAGGAUGCCCUACUUGUGCAUUAUUUAUAAGUUUAACAAAAAAAUCAGAAGAUUUGAGCUAAUCUACUGACCCGUGUCUCCAACAAAAGCCCUAAAACCUUUAGAGUUUUGUAGAAAUCUGUUAUUAAAAGAAGUUAGGACUCUCAGAGGAUCCACUUGCUCAGUGGCCAAUAAGGAAAUAUUUGUAGUCAAGAGCAGAGUAGCCUAUUGGCACCAUUCUGACAUAUUCAGCCAGUAUCUGUCACUGGGAAAUCAUAUUGAUUCCAGGUUAAUAAUACAUUUAUAGACCUGCCAAAACUUCUGCUCAGAUUUCAAAAUCCUAUGUGGCAGCUUAAUGCCUCAAUGUCUGUGUUGGACAGAAACAACACUGUUACUCAGGAAACGUCUAUUGCAUUCCAGCCAGUGUAAUUACAGAGCCAGACGUUUCCCAACAGCUUGAAGGUAAACCUACCAAAAAAAAAAAAAAACACUCAGGAGAGUUAUCUGCAUGCCAGCAGUUGAUAGGACGAUCUGUUGUCCCGCUGAAACACACCAGUUUGCUGCUUGAUGAAGUGAACCUACACUGACGGGCCCUACUGAUCCAUCCCACCUCUUUUUUUCCCUUUUAAACUAAUGAAGAGUUGGAUAUUCAGAGGGGGGUCCUGAAAAACAUUCCUGAAGUUUAAUGUUUGGCUGUUCCACACGAGGUCCUGCAGCAGAGCCAACUACAAUACCAUUCUUUAAAGCAAGUGUCACUCCCAUACAUGCAGGAUUACUGACAUGUGAUCUACGGUUUAUUGCUGAUGAAAACUUUUAAGAUGAUACCAUUACUUUUACGUAAUCACACCUCAAGGGAUAACUUUGCUAUCCCUGAUGUGGUGUUGAAGACAUCUGGUCAUUAUACCUAAAAUCAGCCUGGCAACCACCCUGGGAAACUUCCUGGAGCUUUAGUCACAAGAGAGUGCCUUUUGAAUGUAGACCUGAUGACAAUUAAGACACUGUGAUUACUCUGGUAAUGCAAAGCAGUAAUCUUUUCAGUGUUUACCAGGGACAUACUGGUGAGGGGGGCCCUCCUCCCCUGAAAAUGCAAACCCACAUUUUCCUUGCAGAGUGUAGCCCACAAAGGAUGUGGACCAUUAUGGCAAACCAAACAUAGUUCAGAUGGGUAUUAAAUUACCAAAGAGAAAAUAGACUGUGCUCGCAAUUCUAUUUUGAAUGCACUUAUCUUGAGAUAAAGUGAACAAAUACUUGAAUUUGGAUGUUAAUGGAUGUUAAUUAUGGAGGACUCCAAAGUUUGUGUGAGGCUCUUUAUGUACCUUUUCAGCCUUUUCACUGACUGUAAGGACAGCUUCAUAACUGAACAAUGACUGAAGAACAGUCAGAAGUUUUCAUCAGUCAUGGAUACCCCUGCUUGGAUUUUUUUUUUUUUUGUUUGUUUUGCUUAAGUCAUUUGCUACAGUUCUCCAGAUGCCAUCUAUCUUUUCUCCCAUGGCACUCAGCAGCGUCUGGAUCAAAAAGUGGCCAAUGGCAUGUCAGGCUAUUUGUCAGUUGUUGAGCACCAUCUGGAGAGGCCAACUGCUGAUCUCAGCUGAAAUUGCUAAGAAGUGAUGUAGUCAGAGUAACGUGCUUGUUUUUCUUGCUCGUCUUUGAAGUGUAAUGAGAGUAUGUUUUUUUUGUUACCUCUAUGAUGAAAUUAAAGUCGACCAGCCUUAGCUUGGUGUGAGCCUGUUAGCAUAGCCUUGUAGUUAGUCAAAGUAUUGAAUCACGAAAUCCAAUGCAAUCCCACAGUUUUGCCCAAAGAAAAUACUAAAUAUUACUUACCUGUUGCUAUCAAUGUGAAGUCAGCUGUUUUUAUUUGCAUAUCUAUGAUUGGUAUACAUGCUGAGCUGCAUGAAAUGAUGUGCUAAGGAAUCCUGUUCUAGCUGCCAUUAUAUGCUGCUGAAUGCUAUUAGCCACUUUUCGGUCUGGUCUCUCUUAGACAUCAAAAUCAACAAGACAGAAAGUUGUUGUUGUUAGGUCAAAACUGGACUAUUACUCAUUAUCUGGCAGCAUCAAGGUUCAUCAUCUUGGAUUAGCAGCAUCUGAAACAGUUUUAAUUGCUAGUUUAAAUAACUUGAACUGAUUAUUGUGUGUUUAUAUCCACUUUUUGCUGUCUGAGCCUAUCAUGAAGAAAAUGGUGUGGGAAAUGUGUCACUUUGGUUUGUCCAAUUUGUCAGUCUUACUCUUUGCAUUUUUUAACCUGAAUUUACAGCUCCUGUAAGGAACUUUAAGAGAAAGGGCUGUUUAUUCAGUUGCUUGGCUGGCACCUACCCCCCUUACACCAGUUUCAAGCAUUUAAAUGAUAAUAAAACGGUGGCCAGUUGCCCUUGUUUUUGUUGGAUUUUUUUAAAGGUAUUUCUAUGAAUUUCAAUCUAUUCACAAACAUCCAAAAAACUUCUCACAGGAGCUUUAACACACAUCACAAAACUUUUGAGAUGUUGUCUUUUGACGCUGGCUGGCAGGAUAAAGGGAUUCUUUUCUAUUUCAAUUCCAGUGGUAAAUUUCCUCAAGUGGUUUCCCAAUCAGGAGGGCAGACUAAACCCUUUAUCAUGAGACUUUUGCUAUGGAAACUAAGCUUUCCCCGUGUAACUGAGACUGGCAACAAUGAAAAAAAAAUCUCUGGAUAAGCAGUGGAGAAAGGAUCCCUCUGCCAGGCUGGUCGGAUACAUCUUUAUGCAAAGCUAAACAAACAAUCUGCUGAUUUUUAAGCUUCAAAGAAAUUGUGCAAUAUGGAAGUAGUGUUGACCUUUUCAACACCUCAGCAAAAAAGAAAAACAGUCAAGUUUUCAGCAAGAGCAAAUGUCAACUUCCAUGAAUAUUGAAAGUCACUGAAAGAAAAGAGGAAUGGUCCAACAAACUGUCUUUACAUGUCCUGCUCUGGGGCUAGUUUUUGUUCUCACUAACUUGAGACUCCUCUCCUCAAACCUAAAACAGAUCAGUGUAGAGUUUCAAAGUGCCGCUGUUGCGACUGCCAUGAAACACCAAGUCCGGAACACACAUGUGCAAGCCAAAACUGAAAAGUUCUCAUUGCAGCCGUCAGUGGAUGUUUACUUAAUGUUAAAAAAUCCCCAACAUCACUUUCUCAGACCAAAAUAGUCUUUCUAAUGACUCACUGGUAUCAGCUCCCAGGACAAGACACACUUAAGUCCUGCACAGACAGACAAUGUUGUCUUUGGGUUGUGUGUUAGCCAUAAAGCUUCAGCCUGUAUCUCCACUGUGGUCGAUUUUUCUUUCCGUCAAAAGAAAACCAAAUACCAAACCUUAAAGAUGGCAAAUUCUGUUUAGUUUUGUUUCCAGCAUUGUAGAGUCCAUUUCCUCUGAAUCAACAAUCUAUGACCUCCUGGUCACUGUGCUUACACUUGACCUUUGACCUCAUCAGCUGAAGCAAAACAUCAGCUUUCUCAACAGAACACAAACCCAGCCAAAAGCACUCAUUCACAUACACACACACAGUCUCUAAUAGGGACAACUAGACUUUUGAUGUCCCUGGAGGGGUAUGAGAUGAAAUCCAGAUGUAUGAAAACAUACUGCUUCAAGACUUCCUCCCUCACACACUUCAAAUCAUUUGGAGAAGAUAUAAAACAUGCACACGAAAUCUCUUUGGCUUGUAAUUUGCUGGCCUGAUUCAUCCACAUAAUGCUCGAGUUUGCAUAAAAAUAGAAUGAGGAUUUGUUAAGAGUUUGCAAAGACACUUUUCAGAUUUAUUGGAAAGGUCUAACCUCAUAUAACUUUAUGGGCUAAGGAGGUGAGUCUGGACUGGUCCAUUUGCUUUUUUAUUAAGUGGACACCUGUGCACAUUAAGAUAAGGUGUUACUUCCUUUUUGUACUUUUGUUGUGUGCACCUGCAUGCACUCCUCUUUAAUACGCUAGACUUUAUACCACUUGACACAAUAUUCUCAUUUUCUUCCAUGCAGGAUGGAUGAGAACUACAACAUUGUCCCUCAUGGUGUGAACUUCCAGGACCCCAUCUUUCCAGACACUGCAGAGAUCCACCGCAUGUUCGCCAGCCUUUUUCAGUUUUCCAACUGUACGCCUGGUACCCAGGUUCACAGCUACACACCAGAGUGGGAGGCUCAGGAGGACAGCAGGGUAUGUAGCUCAGAUCCAGCACCAUGAACUGGUUUGGCCUCUUAAGAAUUUUCUUUCUCACUCAUUCUGAUCCAAUAAAAACAUAUUCUACAUGGCCACACAAACAGUUCGCUCAAAAGAGUCGAGUGAGCUUCAGUUAACCCAAAGUAUUGUGGUGCGCAAUUAUUACAUCCUGUUGUUUUCAAAGGAAUCCUAUAAAGUGGCUGGAAAGUUAAAUACAUACUGAAUACAUGUGAAACCAAACACACAUUUGCUGCGGUUUUUGAAUACUCACAAUGAACUCAGUGUAAAAGGAAAUCUACUUUCAGCACAUACUUCAAGCUCCUUGGCAAACAUAAUGUUGUUGAAAAGAUAUUUGGGUACAAAAACAGAUGAGAAGAACUCUUGUGCUGAAGUCAAAAGUGGACAUGUGUCUUUGAUAGCACACAACACACUCAAUGAAGCUCAUGACGGAAGAAACAGUAACACAUGGAGACCAAAACAGCUUCAGGAUGUGAUUAAUGCUGAAGAAAGAUGAUGUCUUACAUCAGUGUUAGAGUGAAUUGUUAACUGCCUUUAUGUUCAUAGUCCAGAUGCAUCAAUGUCAUGUCCAUCAAACAGGGGAUACUGAAAGGAAGUUACAGAUAAACCACUAAAACAGAAUCAGGUUGAUAUAUUAUGAAAGUGAGUCAUAGCUUUUUCAAAUAGCUCCUGACUUACACUGAAUCAGGUUGCACCAUAGACUGUACUAUAGACAACUUGGUUCUGCCUUCUGCCAGUAUACGGAUUUGAAGCCGAAAAGCUCUUAGUAUUUCUGCGAUUUGUCUCCAUUUCCUGAAACCAACAUUGCACGGUAACGUUGUAUGCAUUCCGCGGGAGAGUCACCAGGAGUUGCUGUGAUGAAGCUUGGCUCAAAUGGUGUAUCCCCCAGGUGAGCUACGCAAUCUUCGUACGGAACUGCAGAGAAAAAAGAGGACUUGAGCACAAACAAUUCAGAUUUUGUAGUGUGUGCACUAAAACAAACACGAUAAAGAGAGAAGCUUGUUUUCUGACUGGCUAGUGUAAACAUCAUAUCUUUUACAAUUCUUUUGUUAGUAUGGACGCUACAGUCUACUAGUCAAGACAACCUUUAUGUUCACAUGUUGCAACCAUAGGCUGUAUAUAGAAUGGACACUGUCUGCCUCCUCUCUGGGUGAAGCCACUCUGAGAACAGCACCCUCUGGUGACGUGCUGCAGUGUAGGUCAUAAAUCCUACCUCCUCCAGCCAUCCUUAUGGAGCUAUGGACAAAGUUUAAAAAUUUAUUACACGGAAUAUACAUUUUUCUCAUACAUUUUUCUCCCCCCUGCUUGCGAUGUUGACAUGUAGUAAUUGUUAGACUGGUUUGUGUUGAAGUCCUCUUUUUUUCUGUGCAGUUCCAUUUUUAAAAGUUAUUCGGUUCAUGAUAAAGAUUGUGUAGCUCACCCGGGGAUACGCUGUUUGACCCGAGCAUCAUCACAGCGACUCUUGGCGACUCGCCCACUGAAUGUGUACAAUGCUACUGUGCAAUUUUGGUUUCAGGAAGUGGAGAAAAAAAUCCAUAUACUGGCGGAAGGCCGAACCAAGUUGUCCAUAGUAUAUAUACAGUCAAUGAUUGCAGCCAAACAAAGGUAUAACUUAAAAUACAACUUCAGUUUGGAAUUAACACCCUAACUUAAUACACAGCUUAUGCAUGGCUGGUGCAACAGGCCUCUUAAUCAUGAAGGCAGAGCCCUUUCUGCCUCUGUUUAACUCAAGCUAAUUUUACUCUUAGUUAUUCCAUAUGCCGUAAGUUUCCUGUAUCUGAUCUCAGUCUUUUGUCAGUACGAAGAUGGUUUCCAGUCACUCUCCCCUGCAUUUUCUCCUUUAAUGAAUCUAAACUUGUAGUGUAAUCCCUCUGAUUAAGGUCAGUCUUUAUCUGCCUGUUUCUGAUCAUUUGCUCAGUGCUCAUAAAAGCAAAAUCUGCAAAGAAAACAUGGUUUAUAUUUUGACUAAAGGAAAACAUUUGGGUGAGCGCCUGUGAUUAUAAUUACUGAGUGACAUUUAGGUAUCAGCUAUGUUUCUUACAUCAUUCUUGUGAUUAGAUUUCCUCCAAGAAAAAUAAAAACAGACUUUGUUCUUACUGGCAGGCAAAACCAUUGUUUUGACAACUGACCUAAACCCACAUCAGGACAGAUCACAUAUUAAAAUUCAAUGUCAAACAUAAUAAAGCAGGGGGCAUGAAGUCAUCGUGAGAAUAAGCGCUAAAUAUUAUCAGCAAUAAAACCUUAUUUUAACAAGGGGGACUUUCCCACAGUUUUACAGCCCCAUUGCUGUUAACUUUCAGAGGGUCAAAGAACUUUCCAGACUAAAAAGCAGAUAUAAAAGCACCGCCACUUCAUGCCUACAGGGUUUCAGCCUCAUGCUGUGUUUAACCAAAGAAAAAUUUGCAUUAAAAUCAGAAAUCCAACGAUAUCCAUUUCCUUUUACUAAUUAUUGCUUUUCUUUGGUCCUUAUUGCAAUAGAGUUUUGAAGACAUGAAGGUCCAUCAACUCCGGCCGAGUUUACAGAGGGCAAGAGGGCAGCCACAUGAGUGGUGCAGUCCUCCCUUGAAAUCUGACCCCAUCUACCCCAAGGGCCUCACCAAAAUCUCAAAUCAUGAUUGGCUAUUUGCCAUGUUUAAGCCAGAACUGAUUAUUGAAUCAGCCAUUUGGACAAUGCUACAACAGACUGUAGUUACUUAACCAUCAAAUAUUGCACAUUUACUUUUAAUUAAUUAAUUAAUUAUUUAAAGGUGGGUUUUAAUUAGGCCUAAUUAGUACAUUUGUAUUUUUUUCUCUUUUAAAAUUCAAAUUCGUUCUAGAACUUUGGAGGUGUCAUUGAUCUCACUGUUACACUUUGGAAUGAAGUGAUGUCAUAGAAGAUCUUUGCUGAAGAAAACAUAUGAAUAUAGUCAUUUCAGUCCAGCCACCAGAGCAAGACAGAGAGAGACACAGCAAACCAGAGUGUUCAUACGUACUGUUGGUAUCGAGAGAAGCGUGAAGAGAUCGCCAAAAUAGGCAUAAAUAAGAUGGGAAACAACAACAUCUCAUGUGGAGCUACAAAGCUUGAUGACCAGGAGGCUGCAGUCCUCUACGCUCAAAACAAGCCGUCAGAAAUGGAAGGAAAGGAAAGAGAGCAGGCAGUCAGACACAAAAAAAACGCUCCUACUCCGCUGAGAGAGAUGUUUAAAGAGCAAACUCAGCAGGAACAGCCUGCAGAGACUCAAGAACAGCCCAUUAUUGUACCCAAGGACUCACUGCUUACAGUGAUUGCUGGUCUGCAGCAGACCAAUGAUGGCAAAGCCAUGAGCAAGCUUGAUAUCUACCUUCGGGAGACCAAACAGGCUCUAAUUCAGAUCCCAGAGCUUGAGUUUCAAAGGCUUGCAGGUAAAGGGGAGCAGGUGUCAAAACUUGAGAAGGAAAAGGUCGGCUGGCUUGCAGAGAUAAAGUUGUUAAACGAACAGCUGAAAACACAGGAAGCCAAGGCAGAAUCUGAAAAGGCUCUUCUACUUGUUGAAGAGUCAACUAAGCAGGACAAGCUGGAGGCUCUAUCCCAGGCUGUCUUGGACCUACAGAACAAGACAUGCUCAUGGGCAAAGGAGAAGUCUCUUCUCCUUGAAGAGAUCACCAAACUCAAAGCUGAACUCAGGCAAGCGCAUUUGGAAAUGGAGAUCCAGAGUGGUCUGUUGGCUGAGAAUAGGUCCCAUCUCCCAGAUGAGGUGAUAACAGAGAUCAGUACCGUUGUGGCGGCACUGAACGAGGCUUAAGAAGAACCUGGAAUCAAUAACAACUAGGUGGAGGAGGAAGGGUCCCAUCCUGUUUCCGAGCAAGAGGAAAACAUGAAGUUGAAGGCUGCCCUGCACCAAGUCCAAGAGGACCUGGAGAAGCAAAGGCAGCAGUGGGAAGAGGAAAGGCAGCAGUGGGAAGAGGAAAGGCUUUUUCUCCGGGAAGAGCACAAAGAGACAACCAGCGGGCUGCAGGCUGCUUUGCGCCAAGCCCAAGAAGCACAAUUAAAUUUAAUUUUUUAUAUUGUUAUAUAUAUAUCGAUAUCGACUGAUAUGAAAAAAUAUAUAUCGUGAUAAACUUUUCCCCAUAUCGCCCAGCCCUACCCCUAACCCUAAGCAGGGAGUGUUGUCUGAUGAAGUGAACGAAACCACAUCAUCUGCAAGAGGAGUGAUUGUGAGCAUGCUAAAGUGAUAAUAUAUACGAAUCAUCGGGCCAUAGAGACACCUCUGGAUAGAGGGACUGAUACCUAUUUGCCCACAUGUUUAAAUGUCAGCUUUAUAAAAAGCACAAAAUUGUAUCAUUGAACUUACCAUUUGACAUGAAUUUGACUCAGAGGCAGGUUUUUAUUUUAUGUCUAUCUCAGACUCAGCUCCAGACUCUUCAGGGAAUUAUUUGUCAAAGCUCCAUUUUAGUCAUUAUGUGUUUGAGGAGGUCAUGUAUGAAUGAACAGAGAUGUGCCAUGUCAAAGUCUCAGCUUUACAUAACUCGAUCAUUCUGCCAGUGAACUUUACCCCCUGCAUUAUGAAGUUUCAUUCCCCUCUAAAAUCCCUUAUGGGACAUACGUUAGAGCGCAUGGGAAAAAUCCACAGCUAAUAUUUCACAGAGUAAUGUACUAACCAGUGUUGUGGGCCUGCAGCCAGUCUCACAUUUUUAACAUUUCCUUGAAACCCUCAGUGGUUUUUAUCUGAUGGCAGGGUAUAUCCAUCAGUGUUUCACACCGGUCCAUGUGGAAGCAUUGGGAUCUGUGAAGGAAAUCCACACUUGGGCGGACAGGCAUGUUGUCAGAGACAGCUGGAGCUCAUUUUUUUUAACCUCAGGAAAGGUCUGGGGUCUUUGGGUUGACUGUCCCAGGUUUGCAGGCAUGUUGGGUUUCAUGUCAUAGUGGUAUCUCACAGAAAACAUGUUGAGUGACCCUUUUCUUUACCUCAGAUUCAUCAGCUACCUGCAGCCACAGCAUGUUAUCUUUAGCUUAUAUGAAUUGGCCGGUGCAAAAACUGAUUGGCAUGUGGUGCAUCAUAACUCUUAAAAGUCUUUGGGUAAAUUUCCACAAGCUAUUCCACUGUAAGUAAGGUAUAAUCGCAAAAAUUCUUUGAUUGAUUUCUUUCCAUUUUGCUUUCCCUUUUCUUCCCUUUUGGGCUGCACACAGCCAGAAACCCUUUUCUUUAACUCAUACACAAACAGUGGAAUAUGCUAGGUCUAGGAGACUUAUGAGCUGCUGGCAUGGCCAAAGAGCACGCCAGAAUUUCCUCUCAUUUGACUUAUCCAAAGGUAAUCUAGGAUCUAAAACAGCAGAUCUGUCUGGAGCUACGUCAUACUGUAACUUGUUUAAAAGUCAGAUUUGAUUUUUGUGGCUUUUUCAUGCCUUUGUUUUUGAGAAUAGGACAUUGGAUAAUAGAUAAUGAGUAAAUAGAGCAAGGAGUAAGAUGCAGAAAGGCUGCAGGCUGGAAUCAAACUCAGGCCACCUGUGUGAGGCAUAACCUGUGUUUGGGCUGCUAGGUCAGCAGCACCCCAUCUUUAAUAUUUUUAAUGUCUUCAAAAUGAGCCUUUGUAGACCUUAUGCUGCGUUCGAGUUACCUCAGAAGUCAGAUGUCCGAGCUGGGAAUGACGAUGAAGUAACCAGCCCAGAGUCGGAAAAAUGCAAAAGCGGAAGCGGAAAGAACAUGGCUACAUCUACUAAAGUUAUUUUAGCGCUUGCCUUGUCCUUGCUUAUUUUCGGACAAUGCAAGCGCUAAAAUAACUUCCGUAGAUGUAGCCAUCUUGUUUCUGCCUCUGAUUUUGCUUUUUUCCGACUUGGUAACUGAAACGUUGGUAACUCGGGUGUGACGUCAUUCCCAGCUCAAACUUCUGACUUCCGAGGUAACUGGAACACAACAUUAUUCCAAUUUGGUUUCAUUGCAACAGUAGUGUAAGAUAAAAUCCUGUUGAAACAUUUUUAUCUGUAUCUUGAUGCAUUCAAUAUGUCACAGCCAAUCAUGUUUGUACAAAAAUGCAUUUAAUUUAAUCUUCUUAGUGUUUUACCUUGUUAAAACUAAAAUGAACCUGGAUACUUUCCUCCUUUUUCCACAGCUGCUGUGCUCUGCAGUGCAGAAGGCUCUCUUUGAGGAAGAGGAGAGGGUCAGGACACUUUCCCAACAGGUUCGUUCCUUGGAAAAAGCCAAUGACCACCUGAGGGAAAAGGUGAAGACCAUGAAACGUCUGCUACGCCAGGCCCAGCGAGAAACAACCAAGGAGCAAAAUACCAUUGGCCUCAAACAGCUCUUUGAAUCAAAGGGGCCUCAAACUCACCACGAUCAGGAAACUACUCAGGACAGGAAGAAGGCACCCCUGAAAAAAGUCCUCUCAAGGAAUCUAAAAAACUAGACUUUUUCUUUUAACUUGCACGUUAACCAAAUUUUUGUCCACAUGAGGCAUCAACAACAGAGAAAACAGUCAGGAUUAGACAUGAGAAAGGAGGAAGAGACAGAGAGCAGCAGCAAUAAAUCGGAAUCAGAGUCCUCUUAUUUGACCAGUGCACACAUGCACUAUUAACUCUAAAGAAGAUCCACAUUUAACAGCAAAAAAUCACAUUCAAGUUAAUUAUUGAACAACAAAAUGCUUAAAUGUGUCUCUGCAGAGGUUGCGAUUUCAGUUCACCCUUCUCACAACAGCACACUGAGCAGGUACACAAGUUGUGCGAGAACAACUGCUGAUUGAACACUAACUGAUCUCAGAUGCUGUCUUUAUUUGGUGGUGAAAAACUUAAAUUAACCAGAUGUAUUCAAAUUCCCUUCAGGCAUUCCUGAGAUAUUGUGUCAGAAGAGUAGAAUCAAGUUUUCCUCUGGUAUGAUCAUCAGGUCAUUGUAGUAUACUGUCCUAAGUGUGUAAAUUCUUCGAUAUGGCCAAAGAGAUAUUGGCUUUGGUCUUUAACCUUUGACCUUCAAAUUGUAAUCAGUGCAUCAUUUACCCUUUUUUACAUUGAGAGUCUUCCUCUGUGCUGUAACGAAGCUUGACAUUGAACCACACAGCAGUAUAUUCCCUCUGUGUGUGUGUGCGUGUGUGUGUGUGCGCGCGCUUGUACACUGCAGUGCAGAAUCCCGAGAGGCCAAACUGUAAACACACAGCGUAAGUUUCUCAUACACUCACCCUCAGGCACCAGGGGCGUGUCAAGAGGAGGGGCAGGGGUGGCAUGGGUCUACCUUGAAAUCUAACUGGACACCUCAAAAUCCUGGCCUGUCAGCGAUUGGCUGUUUGUCAUGUGAGGGCCGACAUUUUGUUGGUCCAACAAAAGAUGAUUGUGCACUGAUAAAAUUGACCUGUGCCACUGAGAUAGUGAGCGAGAAAGAGACUAUUCAUGCCCCUUUACAUUCAAAUCCCUGUACUCUGUAUGUGUGUGCGUGUGUUUGUGUGAGUGUAUUGUGAGAGGAGGGCUUUCCCUUGACCUAUUUGGCAUCCCCAGAUGAACCUAAGGGAGGGAUUAGCUGCCUUUAGUCUCAAGAGAUUCAAAGUUUCACAAGAGAAAGAGAUCUGCAUCUAAAGCUCCUUUUCAUUCAAUGUGAUCAGCCUCUCUGAAUAACUGUCCCUGUCCCCUGUCUCAGCCCCCAUGUUUACCUUUUACUGUUAGUUGAAAAUAUCCUCCAAGCAAUCAACUUUAAACAGAGCUCACAGUUUCACAGUAUGUGGACAAUGUUAAAGCAGAUCUUAUGUUUCGUCUGUGCUGGACACACUAUGCAUUCUAUGAAUAUUUGCAACAUUUCUUACUUCUGAAGAGCUAUCUUUGAAAUGCCACCGAUCAACCAGUUUGUCAAGAGUUCACAGCAGGAAAGGGGGGAAUAAAGAGGUUUUUAAAGAAACAGUGAGCAGCUAAUAAUGAAAAUGAGUGUUAAAGUGAGAGCAAGAGAGGUGAAAAUUAAGAUUUUGUGUGUGGCACAACAACAUGCUCAGACACAGUUUACAGUGUUUGUUCUUUUUUUUACAUCAUAUUAUAUUUUUCUAUCUUUACCUGCUUUUUAAUGAACUGUUCAGCUAUUUAUAUACAAGAUUUGUCAGCUGUUUUGAAAAUAUGCAUAGUUACUCCUUUAUUCAAGUCUAUUCAUACAAACUGGGAGUGAAGAAAGUGAAAAAAGUUGUAUUUAACAAGGGGUGCUGAGCACCCAGUAUUGGCUUUGUAUCAGAAAUGAAAAACCAAAGUUUACUUUUGUCAAACUUUUGGUAUUUUUUGUUGUUGUUGUCAUUAUCCAGCUUUCUUUAAACCAUUAUCAUUUGGUUUGCUUUUCCAAUAGAG